AUGGUAGUGGCAGGAAAUGGCCUGUUCUACCCAAUUGUUGGAUUUGCAUCGUGUGUGGCUUUCAUCUACAUGUCCUUCGGUGGCUUGGGGACAAACUUACAGGAAAAAACUAAGUUGGGUUUUGUGGAGAGGAAUGGGACUCAGUUCAUGUUAGAUGGCAAAGCAUUUUACAUUAAUGGGUGGAAUUCUUACUGGUUAAUGGAUCAUAGUGUGGAUGAGUAUACCAAACCCAGGGUGCGGGAGAUACUGCAAGCUGGUGCGAAAAUGGGUCUUACCGUGUGCCGAACUUGGGCCUUCAAUGAUGGAGACUACAAUGCCCUCCAGAUUUCUCCUGGUCGCUUCAAUGAGCAAGUGUUCAAGGCUUUGGAUCAUGUCAUUGUAGAAGCUAGACAACAGGGUAUCAGGUUGCUUUUUAGCUUAGUUAAUAACUUGCAAGCAUAUGGUGGGAAGACUCAGUAUGUGAAGUGGGCGUGGGACGAAGGUGUUGGUUUGAGUGCUUCCAAUGAUUCCUUUUUCUUCGAUCCUUCCAUUCGAAAUUAUUUCAAGAAUUACGUGAAGACUCUCCUAACGAGGAAGAAUACUCUCAAUGGAAUUGAAUAUAGAGAUGAUCCUACCAUUUUUGCAUGGGAGUUAAUAAAUGAACCCCGUUGCAUUACUGAUGCUUCAGGCGACACUCUCCAGGACUGGAUAGAAGAAAUGUCAGCAUUUGUUAAAGCAAUUGACAAGAAACAUCUACUGACUGUGGGCCUUGAAGGAUUUUAUGGUCCUAAAAACCCCAAAAGGUUGACUGUGAAUCCAGAAAUGUGGGCAUCUAGACUUGGAUCAGAUUUUAUUCGCAACUCCAAGAUCCCAAACAUUGAUUUUGCUUCUGUUCAUAUUUACCCGGACCACUGGUUUCAUGAUAAAGAAUUUCACGAGAACCUCAAAUUUGUCUCCAAGUGGAUGCAUUCUCACAUAGAAGAUGGGGACAAAGAGUUGAAUAAACCUGUGAUGUUCACCGAAUAUGGAUUGUCAAACCAGAACAAAGACUUUGAACCAUCUCAGCGUGACAGAUUUUACAAAGUUAUUUUAGACGCCAUUUACAAAUCUGCAAAGAAAAACGGGUCUGGUGCAGGUUCUUUAGUCUGGCAGUUAUUCGUUGGAGGAAUGGACAAGUAUAAUGAUGAAUUUGGGAUUGUUCCAUGGGAAAGGCCAUCUACAUAUAAGCUGAUAAUAGAACAAUCAUGCAGGUUGGCUAGACUCCACGGACCGACUCAACAACAGCGAAAUUUGAAAAACUUGUGCUCGCAAAGACAGUGA